AUGAUUCAGAAUAUCUCGAACGUAGCAGUUGCAUAUGAAUUUAUUGCGCAAGAAACAGAAGAAGAUUUCUCUGUUUGUUCAUUUGAUAUUGAGACACAUCCAGCAUCUCCGGUUUUCCCUCAUCUGCUUCUUGGCAAUGGUCGUGACGCAAUUGAUCCAUCAAGUGUCGGUGCCAACUGCGUUCUCAACGUCACCUGUCAGCCCUCUACGACACAAAACAAACCAGGCGUUAAAUAUAAACAGAUACCAGCUAAUGAUACACUGCACCAGAAUAUCAAACAAUAUUUUCAAGAGGCAUUUGAGUUUAUCGUUUUUCUUUUCCGGGACCGGGACAAGCGAUUUGGGGAGAGGAUUAGUUCAAGUAAACAGUUUAAGAUGCCUGAUGGGUGA